CAAACUCUGAUACUGAAGAACCACAUCCUACUACAAUGAACACACUCACCACCACGUCUACCUUGGCCAGAGACCUCAAAGGGUCAUCUCCGGCGACCACUGAGUCCUGGUUCGACGACGCAUGCGUGCUCGACAUCGACAAUUUCGUCAAAACACUAUCCGGAAUCAAAGCCAAAGGCGUGCACUCUGAGCUCCUUGGCUCACUGAUCUCUCACUACGCGUCAAAGUGGCUGCCGGAGCUCUCCGGCCGGGAAAUGACAACACUGUCAAUUAGCAGUGGGAGCUCGCCGGACAACUCAGUGGCGGCGUGGAUGAAGAAGAGGUUCUUGAUUGAAACACUGAUUGGGAUCCUUCCAUCUGAGAAGGAUUCAGUGCAAUGUGGAUUCUUGAUGAGGCUCUUGAGGGUUGCAAGCAUGGUGGAAGUGAGUCCGGCGAGCAUGGCGGAGCUGGAGGCACGUGUGGCGGCGCAGUUGGAGAGGGUGACGUUGAAGGAGGUGAUGAUACCGGCGUUCAGGCACACGUGUGGGACGGUGUUGGAUGUUGGGUUGGUGUUGAGGUUGGUGAAAAGGUUUGUGGGGUUAGAGGAAGUGCAGGGGAAGAGUGGGGCUGCGGCGAAGGUGGUGAAGCUUGUGGAUAGUUACCUGGCGGAGGUGGCGCUUGAGCCGGAGAUGAAGGUGGAGGAGUUUGAGGAGCUGGCAAAGGCAGUGCCAAGCCAUGCAAGGACGUUGGAUGAUGGCCUUUACAGGGCCAUUGAUACGUAUAUGAAAACACACCCAGGCAUAAGCAAACAAGAAAGAAAGACACUAUCCAAGUUGAUGGACACCAAGAAACUGUCAUCAGAAGCCUCCAAUCAUGCAGCACAAAAUGAACGUCUCCCUAUCCGUUCAGUAAUUCAAAUCCUAUUAUCUGACCACUCCAAGAUUGCUCGACUCACCAGUGAUUACUCGGGACCAAUGAGCCUCACCCGUAGUCCAAACUCCACCCGCUGUCACUCCAAACGUGAAUUACUGGCUCAACACCAAGAGGUUCGCAGAUUGAAAGAUGAUGUUACAAGACUUCAGUUGCAAUGCCAGUCUCUGCAGGCUCAGAUAGAUAGAAUCACAGAAAAAAAUAGGAAGGGCAGUAAGAGAGGAUUCUUCGGUUGGAGUACUUUCCUUUCCAAGAACUCUGAUGAAAUGGUGAAUAGGUUUCAUGACGGUCGAAGAACUCCCAUGAAUACAAUCAAGGCCACUCCCAAGUGGAGGCACUCUUCAUCCUGAGAUGAAGA